UCGUCCUAUCACUUUCCGUGAAUGGCAGCAGACAUUAGACAUGGCUGAAUCUCGGUGGUGGUUAUAUAGGAAUAUCUAAGCGAAUAGUUCUGUUAUAUCUAGCAGGUAAUUGUCCUUCCCCUGUUUCGAGCAAGUACAGGGGGGAAGUUUAUUCACGUCCCCAGUUUUCAUACGGAGAAAGGUGAACACAACACGUUGACAUCAUGGGUCGACGCUCGACUUCGUCCACCAAGAGUGGGAAAUUCAUGAAUCCCACAGAUCAAGCCAGAAAGGAAGCUCGAAAGAGAGAGCUGAAGAAGAACAAAAAGCAGAGGAUGAUGGUGAGGGCAGCUGUCCUGAAGAUGAAAGAUCCCAGGCAGAUCAUCCGUGAUAUGGAGAAGUUGGAUGAGAUGGAGUUCAACCCGGUGCAGCAGCCACUGCUGAAUGAGAAGGUCCUCCGGGACAAGAGGAAAAAGCUGAGGGAGACGUUUGAGCGCAUUGUACGUCUGUACGAAAGAGAGAACCCCGACACGUACAAGGAGCUGCGCAAGCUGGAAUUGGAGUAUGAGACUAAGCGUGGCCAGCUGUCCCUCUAUUUUGACUCCGUGAAGAAUGCAGAAUCAGUGGAGGUAGACAGCAUCCCACUGCCUGAGAUGCCACAUGCCCCGUCCAGCAUCCUCAUCCAAGACAUUCCCCUCCCUGGGGCCCAGCCUCCCUCCAUUCUCAAGAAGGGCACAUCCUUUGGGAAAGGUACCGCGACAACUCCGUCAGCCCCCACAUCAGCUGCCGUGGCUGGGGUCCCUCGGCUCCCGCCGGGCAGGAAGCCUCCAGGCCCUCCUCCAGGACCUCCACCCCCACAGGUUCUCCAGCAGUAUGGCCGCAGAGUCCAGCAGCAAAGGAGGCUGGGAGACACAGAUGGUGGCGAUGCCCUGUCAGACACUGAAGCCAUGGAGACCGCAGGGGGCCGGGACAGUGGCAGUGAGAGUGACCGAGAUGGGGAUGAGCGAGAGGAUGAUGAUGAGAGCGACAGCGAGGAAGACAGUGACAUGGAAAGAGAGGAGGGGGGCGAUGAAGACAGAAGGAAGGUGGUUCGGCAUGACGACAGAGAUCGGGAGAGAGAGGAGGACAAAGACCGAGGCCGCAUUGUGCGCUUUGCUGACAUGCCCUCUCCUCCCAGAGAGAGGAGGAAGAAGAAGAGGGUAGUGAAGAAGACUAAGGCCAUCACACCACUGCAGGCUAUGAUGCUCAGGAUGGCAGGUCAGUCCGUCCCAGAGGAAGAGGAGGAGGAAGAAGAGGAAGAGGAGUACACUGAUUCCGAGGGCUCUGACACUGAAGAUAGAUCAGCACCUGGUGAUGGCCAGCCCGGUGUUCCCAGAAUGCCGACUUCCUCCAUACCAAUGGGUACACAGCAACCUCCUCCACACAUGCAGGCUCCACCAAUGACAGGGCCUCCUCCACUGGGACCGCCACCAGCUCCACCAAUGAGACCUCCAGGACCACCCUCUGGUCUGCCCCCUGGUCCACCACCAGGUGCUCCGCCUUUCCUAAGACCCCCUGGUAUACCAGGUGCCCUGAGGGGACCGAUGCCACGUAUGCUUCCACCUGGACCACCUCCUGGUCGCCCGCCAGGCCCACCUCCCGGUCCUCCUCCAGGUUUACCCCCUGGCCCUCCACCCAGAGGCCCACCGCCCAGGCUACCUCCACCUGCACCGCCAGGUAUACCGCCUCCUCCACCUCGCGCCGGACCCCCACGUCCCAUGGCCCCCCCUCUUUCUCUCUUCCCCCCGCCGCUUAACCCCAACGUUCUCAGUGCACCCCCCAGCAUUGUCCACCGGCAGAAGCCUGGUGCAGGGGAGGGCGUUCCAAACGCCCCCAACACGCCAUCCAUGAUGCCCCCGCCCCCAAUGCCCAUGCGUCCAGGGGUCAUGCAGAUGCCUCCUCCCCCAGGCACCACUGCCCCACAGACCAGUGCUGGCCAGGGCAACCUCCCGACUCAUCACCAUGCACCACCCACCAUCGAAAAGCGCGCCAACAUCACCUCUGUGUCGGGGCCUCCAGGGGCAGGGCUGCCGGGUGCGGCGAGUGGAGCCACAAUCUCCGCCAAGCCUCAGAUCAUCAACCCCAAGACGGAGGUCACACGUUUCGUGCCCACUACACUGCGUGUCCGAAGGGACAAAGCAGUGGUUGGGGCGGGGAUGGAUAGAAGUCACCGCAAGGGGGACGAGCAUGGUGGAGGCCCAGGGCACAAACAGCAGGCCAUGGCUGCACCAAUAUUAUCAGCCAACCCCAACCAGCCCUCAGGCAUCCAACCCAACAUGAAGACAAAGGAUCAAAUGUACGACGCCUUCAUGAAAGAGAUGGAGGGGCUUCUGUGAAACUGAGGAAAAGAGCAGGAAGUUGAAGGCAAUUAGGACACAGAAAGUGGAGACAUGUUUGAUUUUGACGUCAAGUCAGUAAAGUGAGUGCUUUUAGACUGAAACGGUGCUUGAGUCUGUUAUUUCGGCCCUUUAAAUUGUCGCAGUCUUUGUGUAAAGCUUUUUUUAUAUGGUGUUUCAGUUUGAUUUAUAAAGGUUGGGGGGAGCUCAAGUCAGUGGGGCAAUUUGACUUUAGAAUGUAGGUGUUACACACAAAAUCUGCUUACAUUGUCUCUGAAAUUGCUAAACCUGAUGUUGAAUAAAUACUUGAAAUACUU